AUGAGCCUGAAACUGAUCCAGAAAAUGCAGAUGACCAAGCUAAUUGAUCAUCUUUGCCAGUGCAGCAAAUGCGGAAACAAAGUGGCUAUCCAAAAGGGAAACAUGGAGGUUGCACAGAUACAUGCAGAAACUGCCAUUCGCCAGAAAAAUCACAUCCUUAAACUCACCAUGCAGGUUACCAAAUCGAUAGCUGAAGUGGUGAAGGAAAUGGAUCCAACCCUGAAGAGCAUGAACCUUGAAAAAGCUUAUAGUAUAAGCAAAAUAUGUGUGUUUAGGCUGGACCUUAAUAUGGAGCUACCUCAAGGUCAGACAGGAUCAGUAGGAACCAGUGUUGCAUCUGCAGAACAGCAAUUAUAACGCACACUCAUACAC